AUGAGAUUUCUGAUUGUAGCCGCCGUCUUCGCCUGCGCCGCAGCAGCACCCUCGGGGUCUCUGCUGGCCACAUCCUACUCCAGCGGGCUGCUCUCCCAUGGAGCUCACCUCGCCUACGCCGCCCCCGUGGCCGUCGCACAUGCUACCCUGGCCGUACCCACUAUCCCCUCCGGUGACAUCCAGGGUGCCGCCAUCGACGCCCAUGUCCAAGCGUCGGAUCACGCACGUGCCUCCGUUGACGCCGUCCAACAGCUCAACGACCAAGCACGUGAACAACAAGGCAGAGCCAUCAACGCCGCGGAAGACCACGCCUGGCAGGCAGUGAACUCCGCUCAAGUCGCCGCCGCCCAAGUGGACGGUGCCUCAGCUAGCAUCGCCCCCGUAGCCGCACGCCAGCUGGCUGGACACGCCGUGGUCGCUCCCGCCCUCGCUGCCUACUCCGCCCCAGUAGUGGCCGCCCCCGCUCUCUCAGCCUACACUUCGGCCUAUGGUGUUCCUGCCAUCUCAGCCUACUCUGCCCCCGUAAUCGCUGGUCACGCUGCUUCCAGAUCAGUCGCUUACCAAAGUCUGUCUCAGACUCACCCCGCCCACCUCGUCCACGCUCCCUUGACCUACGCCGCCCACGGUCUCGCCCACGCGUGG